AUGAGCACGGCUGCAGUAGCUAAUAGAGGAGCCCUUCUAUCGCAGCAAAAGGACUACAACCAUGCCACAGACUCCGAGUACAAACGUCUGAGAGGUUUGGCGGACGAAGCGUACAAGAAACGUCAAUCGUUAUCUCAGCAGUCCCAACAGGCGUUCAAAAGUGGUGACAAGGGCGAGGCUCACAGCCUCAGCAACAAGGCGAAAGACCAGCUCCAUAUUGCCGAGAAAUACAACAUGCAGGCAGCGGAAUACGUUUUCACCCAGAACAAUGCCGAUAGCGACAGCAACGAAAUAGACUUGCACGGGCUGUACACCAAGGAAGCGCAGUGGAUUUUGCAGAGACGGAUGGCGGCAGGUAUCGCCAAUCAGGAGCAAAGACUAGAGGUGAUUGUGGGCAAGGGUAUCCAUUCCCAAAAUGGUAUUGCCAAAAUUAAGCCCGCAGUCGAGGAACUGUGCCAACAGGCCAACUUGCGUAAUUAUGUGGACCCCAAAAAUUCAGGCGUAUUGAUCAUCGAACUACAGGGCGCACAGGUCCCCAGCGACUGGGCCUCCAUGGACUAUUCGACUUUUGCCCGCAACAACACUUCGGGCGGCGCCAAGCCACAACAACAUCAAAACGGCCCUCACAACUAUACUCAACAGCAGCAACCCCAGUAUCAGCAACAGCCACAGCACCACAACCAGAACCAGAACCAAAACCAGAACAACAACAAGAAUGAGGAUCUUGUUACUUCACUAUUGAAAUUCUUGUGCAUGUGCGUUCGCAAGAAUAUGUAA